CUAUAUUCUUGCUUGAUUGCGCAUUUUAUGGUUGUCAAUUGCCCUUUAGAUAUGCUUCCCAAGCUGAAUCUGCCCAGUAACCGCGCAACCUUUGCCAUGCUGCUCUUUCCGUAGGACAAACGCCUUUCUUCUGUUGCAAUGUGGAGUUUCACUGGUUGUCUAGGCUCAAACAAUAAUAUUAAACCAAGCCCUAGUUCUUCAAAUGGAGACUGCUCUGAUGAUGAAGUUUCCUCCUGCACCAGCAGAGAGGAAGGCCUGGAAUGCCCAAUAUGUUUGGAGUCCUUCAACAUUGUGGAGAAUGUGCCUUAUGUUUUAUGGUGUGGUCACACCCUCUGCAAAAACUGUGUUUUGGGACUUCAGUGCGCUGUCGUGAAAUUUCCAAGCGCUCCCAUCCAGCUCCCUCUCUUCAUUUCCUGUCCUUGGUGCAAUCUCUUGUCCUUUCGACUAGUUUACAAGGGAAAUCUCAAAUUUCCUCGCAAGAACUUCUUCCUUCUUUGGAUGGUUGAGAGCUUGAACGGUGACAGGCGUAAGUCACAUUCUUCGCUUUGUGCAAGUCAUCAACCCGCCCCGCACUCUAAUGCCGGAUUGUUUCUCGGAAGCAACGGAUAUCAGAAUCACAAUGCUAGAAGACCUUUCCAACAAUCACAAGCAGGUAGUCCGGAUCAAGCCAGUUCGCUAGUUCAGUACCUUAAUGCGGAGAGGAUCAAUGCAUCGUUGAGGAAAUCCCUUGUUUUCUUCGUUCAGUUGACUGCUAAGUUUCCUCUGGUCAUCGUUUUUCUCCUCAUCGUGCUCUACGCCAUACCUGCUAGCGCUGCAAUUCUGGUUCUGUACAUUCUCGUUACAAUCUUGUUCGCCCUGCCUUCCUUCUUGAUACUUUACUUUGCAUACCCAAGCUUGGAUUGGCUCAUCAGGGAAAUCAUCAAUUGAGCUCCAGAGAUAACAAGUUUCGAGUUGGCUCAUUAUGGCAUCUACCAAUCAUGCAUAAUUCAAAUCUUAUGUGCUUUGGUAAUGCAAUUUUAGCUGCUACAAAAUAUUAUGUGUUGUAGCAAACCUGCAGAAUUCAAAUGUGACGUGUUUUAGUGACGCAUUUUGAUACUUUUGCAUAAUAUUUAUCAUCAAUGGAUUUCUGUAUUAAUUUCCA